AUGAAGACCUUGGCGCAGGAGGCAUCUCAGCAAUCCGACUCCCGGAAUGCUGUGAAGCAACUGCUGCGUGAGGAAGCAUCCAUCACGACAAAUACAAUGAAGCAGCUCCUUCUGGAGGUUCAAGCGGGCUUCCACGGCAAGGAGGAGCGUCUGGAGCGCGAGCUGCAAGAGGAGAGAGCUGCGCGUGCAAACGAGGAGAAGGAGGAGCGGGCUGCCCGACAGGAUCUGCUGCUGGAGCUCAAGGAGGAGAAGGCUGCACGAGCCAAGCAGCAAGUGGAACAGCAGGAAACACAGAACACCGUCAAGAAACUCACGAAGCUGCUCGAGAAGGCCGAUGCCGAGAUGAAGGAGGCGAAGGCGGUGCGCAUGCACGAAACUGAGCACCACUCCUUGGCUGAGGAGGAGCUGGUCCGUGAGAUCAAGGAGGAGAAAGCUUCACGAGCCAAAGACGCCGAAGAGCAGAAGGCUCUCAUGGCUGAGAUCAAACAGAUCAAAGCAGGGCAAGCCACCGAGAGCAGUGACAAGCAGGAGCUGCAAGCAAAGGUUGAGGCGGAGGAGACACAGCUGGAGCACAUCACUCAUCUGCUGGCGACUUUAGCAUCCUCGCAUGUGGAUGCGAACGCCGGCAACCUGCCGAAGGUGCUCCAAAAGCCUGCUCCCGAAAAGGAUGCGUUCCCACUCUGCCGUGGGCAGCCUCUUGGGCAGGUGCAGCUUGCUGCGACCACACACAGCAGGAGCAACAAGAGUCACACAUCCGAAUGCUCUCCCGACACACACGUCAGGCUGUUUGCUCCCAAAGUUGACAACAGCGCUGCGGAUCCCUUUGAGUUCGGAUGCUGUCCUGUGCACGAGGAGUACUGCGCAGGUUGCGAGGUGAUGGACCCAACCGAGGGUGCAUGUAAGACCUGCAGUGGAGGUUUUACCCUUGCCUCGGGAACCUGCGUCGCCUGCAUGGACUUUCCGCAGUGGGUGGACAACAGCUCCCGGAAUUGUUACGAGGCGAACUGCUCAGACGAAGCUUGGGUCCGCAGUUUUGCGAAAUGUGUUCCAGAGCCCUAUCAGGGCAUCUCCAGCCGGGAAGCGUGCUGCGCCUGUGGGGGCGGGCAUCGCGAGGGUACAAAGCCGCCCGGGUCUGCCAUUGGGUUCUCAGGAGGUUGGAGUUUGAGUUUCGGGUUCUUUGCGGGAGUGGGCGGGGGUAAUGGAAUGAAGACUGUCGAGCCGAUCCGGAUCUCUUCUAUAGUGACUAGUGGGCUGCUGGAGAUGGAGAGAGGUGAGGCGCAGGUGAGGAGACAACGGAAGCUGCUAAGUCCUUCCUUUUGGUAUUCGGAAUUCAUGUCACGGGAUUUUGGCUUGAUGUUGAAGGCAUCCUUGGUGUCAAUGCAGAGAUUGGUCACCGACUCGUGUGUGCUGACGCGACCGAGGUUCGUCUACUACGUGGCGCCCAUGGCCCUGGGCUUGACGGAGGUAGUUGGCCAUCCACUGCCUCGAACGGCGCACAGGUAUUCCUUGAACAAGGAGUGCGAGCUUGUGAAGUACGGCUUAAGCCUGGAGCCCGAGACGGGCAAGCUCAAGCUGGCCGAGGGCUGCGGGGUUCUCGGCUGCUUGGAAAGCCCCAUCGAGGUGGAAUGUAUCGUGACCGCCCACCAGGGAAAGGGAUUAUCUGCGUCCACACGCCUUGUCGUGAAUGUGGGCGCCAUCAGCUAUGGUCCCAGUCCGGUGGUUCUGCUGGAGGGUGUUUCGAGCGUGACGCCCUCAUUGCGGUCGUCGAUCAAGGCAGACGAUGCACCGUUCAAGCUCGCUUGCGCUCCGGAGCCGUCCUGGCUGAAGAUCGAUGAAACUUCAGGGGCGCUCUCUCUUGUACCCGAGUCGACUGCCUCGUCGUUGACUGACGAGAAAGGCAUGUAUCUGGACAGAGGUGCCACCUGCAUGGUUAGCAAGGGCCUGAGCAGCACAAGCGUGGUGGUUUUGGCGCCGGUCCCCUGGACAUCCAUGUCCUAUGCCUAUGCCGCUGGGCGUCCUCUUUACGUGACCGUGGGUGAGAAGAGCCCGGUUCUCCAAGUCAAGGGGCAGGGAGGUCCCUAUGCGACAGCACCGACCCGGUUCUCUGCAUCAUGUCGGCAUUCGGAUUGGCACGAAUCCGUCUUUGCCUUCGACACCAUUACCGGACUGGCCACUUUUGAAGGGCAUAGGAUCUUCAGCCUCGACGUCGCCACCGGAGAAAGUGCGCCGGGAGAUCGCUCCAUGGCAGUCAACGAGCAUAGAAUCCAUUUUGCUGCGCAGUACAUAUCAGAACUGUCGCUAGACCUGAACCUUGAGCAUACCUUCGCCCGAUCCCAACAAAAAGCCAAGAAAAUGACAUGCAACAUCUACGGCCACUACGAGUGGACUCUGUCCGGUCAGAGAGCCGUCUUGGCACAUUCCAUACAGAACCUGAGCAUCCGCGACCACACGUGCUGGGCGAUACGCAAAGUCGGUUUUGCAAAGUACAAGAAAAUCCGAGCAGUUGGCAAAGGACCGAGAGGUAUGGUGGCAUGCAUGAACCAUUGCCGCAGAGAUCCAAGCUGCACGCACAUUGGCAUCUUCACAUUCAAGUCAGGAACUCGCUGGUGCAUCCGGGCAGAUGGGAUUUGCUCCGACAGCAAAGACGACGCAUGCCGUUACAAAGACCGCGUUGUGAGGGAGCGAUACACCGGAUGCGGCGAACGCCACAGCUGCCUUGCGGUAUUUAUCGCGAACUUCAACUACCUUUCGGGCAAGUACUGCUUCCAGGGCGAGAAUGCUGCUGGAGAGAGUCAAGGGCCGGUCUACUUCAAGCGAGGGCAGACACCACAGGCUCGGGCCAUGGCCACUGAUAGGAUGCGCAGUAGAACAGAAACUGUAUCUUUGUAA